GCGUGCAAACGCUUCCGGACGGCAACCACUUUGUUUACGUUUUACAAAGAUGGUGAUCCAAUGUGUAGCAUACCGGUGUACCAAUCGACAGGGGAAGAAUGCUAAAGAGCGCGGCGUUAGUUUUUUUCGAUUCCCCAAGAACAAGAGGAAAAGAAAGGCAUGGGAAAAAGCUGUCAACAGGGCAGGUUGGGUACCAAAUGAGUACAGCAGAAUGUGUUCUGAACACUUUGUAGGCGGGUGGCACAGCGACGAAUCAGACGACAUCAACUAUCGGCCGACUAUCUUUCCACAUAAAGGGAAAGUCCCGUCAACUGAAGAGAGUGCCCGAAAUGAAAGAUGUUGCCGAAGGAAACUUCUACUGGAAAUGGAUGAGGCGGAGAAAAGAGAAAGACAGACACUCCAUCAGCAUCACCAGUUCAGUGUGUUCUCCCACAGCUACUGCAGUGAACCAUGUGAGGAUGAAGUGAAUGACCCUGUUCAAAGUCCUAGUUUAGAUGAUGUAGACAUCAAGUCUUUUAAGGAUGAAGGAGUUCAGUGUGACCCUGACCCAAUGCAGCAAGAAAAUGAGGCACUGAAAUUGGAACUUGAAAACUUGAAAAAGGAGAUGAAAAAGUCCAAAUGGUGCAUUGAAAAGAUUGCCAAUGAUGACCAGAAGACAAAAUUUUACACAGGGCUGCCAACAUUUGCAGUAUUUUUGUGGCUUUUCAAUUUCCUUCAACCAAAAGCACAGAGGAUGAAGUACUGGAUUGGGUCUAACACUGCUCAGGCUUCAGACAGAUGCAGAUCUUCAACUGGAUCUUUACAGAUCAUUGAUCAACUUUUUGCUGUGUUGAUGAGAUUGAGGCUUGGAUUGUUUACCGCUGACAUUGCUGAAAGAUUUCACAUCUCUGAAGGAACAUUUUCAAAAUAUUUCUCUACAUGGAUAUCUUUAUUGUUUCAGGAACUAAAGCUACUUAAUCCCUUUCCUUCUCGAGAUAUUGUUAACAGAACUAUGCCAUCAUCUUUUAAAUCAAAGUAUCCUUCUGUUAGGGUUAUACUCGAUUGUACAGAAAUUUUUAUUCAGCGAUCUUCCAGUCUCCUUAAUCAGUGUAUGACAUUUUCUAGUUAUAAACACCACACAACUGUGAAGUUUCUUGUUGGUAUUACACCAUCAGGUGUUAUUUCCUUUGUAUCAGAAGGAUGGCCAGGCAAAACGUCUGAUAGAUUAUUGACUAUUGAGUCAGGUAUUUUAGAUCUUUUAGACGAAAAUGACAGUGUAAUGGCUGAUAAAGGGUUUACAAUCAGAGAUGUUUUAGAAGAAAAAAAAUGUAAACUGAAUAUUCCUCCAUUUAGAGGUAAUAGUCCACAGUUUACUACUGAACAGAUUUUUGAAACACAGGAAGUUGCAUCUUUGAGAAUACAUGUUGAGAGAAGUAUAGGUAGAGUGAAGAACUUUCAUAUUCUCGAUGGUGUUUUUCCUUUGACCCUGUCGCCACUAGUAUCAAAAAUUUUCAAAGUUGCAUGUUGGCUCACAAAUCUAGAUGUCCCACUAGUCACCAACUAAACAUUUAUCACUGUAAGAGCUUAUUCAGGACUAUUUGGACUGGUUUCAUGGAGAGAACAUGUAAAAUUUUGUUUGCAGAAUUAAGCUGUAUUCAAAUUACUUAUACAUGUAUGUCUUGUUUUCCUUUUAUCACAAAGCAACAGUAUUUUAUGUAAAUCAUGUUGAAAACACAUAGAUUUAAGAUUAUGACUACUGAUUAUUACAUAACUAACUCAUCAUCAGUGUCACCACAUUCACUUAAUAUGUUUAAGUGAACUGUGAACACACGUUACAAUCCUGUCACAUCUGCCUGGUUAUUGGUUUCUAUUGUACCAGUUAUAGUGUUGUGCCAUCUUGACAUCAAAUGUUUUCUGACAUCAUCAAAGAAAGAUGUAUUAAGUGAAGAUCACCAUUUCAGAUUUUAUUUUGGUCUGAUAAAAUACCUGGUUAUGUGAAAACCUGAAUUUUACAUUCAUGUCCAUAUUAAAAUUACAGAUACCAUCAUUACAUUACAGGUAUAAAAAAAAAAACAGGAGUUCGCACAAAGACAAUACCACAUUGUGCAACAGGCAGUCAUACAAAACCUCUACACCCUAUAUACAGGCCACACACUCCUUAGACUUAACACCUGAAGUUACUAUUAGUCUAUUAUUAUAGUGGACAUAUAGAAACACAGCAGUGUCUUUUUCCCAGUCAUUUUGUAUAAAACAUUUUGACCUCCUUACUGGUUUACAUGUAUUCUUGGACACUUCUACAUGAAUUACAUUACACGUUGAUGUAAAACUUUGGUGCAACAUGGUUAACAUAAAAUGCGAUAAGUUUUGGCAUCAUACUGCUAACAAAUUCUGCAUCAAAGUACACUCUGUCAACACAAAUGUUAUUUUUCGGAGCAUUUGUCCAAACUACAAAGUCACACCAUGGCAAACCCAUUAUUGCCAGUUCACCCUGUACCUGAGCGUAGUAUUUGUGGCUUCUUUUCAGUCGUGGUCCCUCUGAACUUGCCUCCAAACAGAAAUUUGGAUGUCCCAUGGCAACAAUUUCACAGACCUCCAAUGAUGUGACUGUGGCUCCU